AUGGAAGCUCUUGUCGCUGUCGGCCUCGCUGGCAAUGUCGUGCAGUUAGUGCAAUUCUCCAGUCAGCUCAUUUCUCUCGCUAAGGAGAUCAAGAAGAAAGGCGCUCCCUCGUCCCUGGUCGAUCUGCGUAAGGUCGCUCAAAACCUCAUACAACAAACUCGGAUAAUAAUGACUCGGCUGAAAGCGAAUACAGCCAUACUUGAGCAGGAAGAGCAGCAUUUACUCGAUGUGGCCACUGACUGCGAAAAAGCUGGAGAGGAGUUCAUCAAAUAUAUUGAUCAGCUGAUUACGGUGUCGAAGUCUUCCUCACGCUUAGAGAGUGUUCAGGCCAGUAUCAAGGUAAAAUGGCGUCAUAGUAAGAUUGAAGCGUAUAUCUCUAGGCUGGACAAGUUACAAGGGUCUCUUUCGCUUGCAACAGUGCUUUCUCUACGCAACAAGGAGAUCGGUAACCACCACGAGGUCCUUGAACAUCUUAAAUCAAUAAAGGCAGAAGAUGAUGCACAAAAACAGAAUGCCGAUGAGCUGAUAAAAGCUUUAAACCUCUUUCAUGGUCUAGUCGAGCAGCAAUCUGGUCCGAAGCUAGACAUGUUGCAAAAACAGAUGGAUUCAUGCAUGGAGAACAUCCAGAAAAUUCGGUCCUCAGUCACCAGCACCCGAGAAGCAGAGAUUUUGCGCUGGCUAGACUACCGGCAAAGAACAUGGCGGUUCGAGGAGGUCGAAGAAGCACACCGAACGACGUUCGAUUGGAUAUUCAGAAAACCAUAUGCAAAGACACCCUGGCAUGAUUUCGGUGCCCAUCUUUCCGGGACGGAUGUUCAUGAACCAUACUUCAUAAAUGGUAAAGCAGGGAGUGGCAAAUCGACACUAAUGAAGUACAUCGUCUCGAAUCCUCAAACAAAAGCAGAACUCCGUAAGUGGGCUGGUCAACACAAGCUUCUCAGUCCAUACUUCUUCUCCUGGAAUAUUGGAACCCAACUACAAAAGAGCCGUACCGGUAUGCUUCGCUCAUUACUACAUAGCGUACUCGCUCAGUGUCACGAUCUUAUACCUGCUGUAUUUCCAACCCUGUUCGCCAACAGGAUUCCCGUUGGCGGCGACGAACCGCCUUCUUAUAUCGAACUCAAGAAUGCCUUCGAACGAUUGAAGUUUCGCUCCGCAUCCUUUUUGCGCAUCUGUAUCUUCGUGGAUGGAGUUGACGAGUUUGAGGGAGACCAUCGGGACAUGUCAACCUUCCUCUGUUCCAUGGCUUCUUCAGCGAUCAAAGUCAUAGUGUCGAGCCGACCGAUAAAUGCAUGUCUCCAUGUAUUCAGGCACAGCCCGACACUAAAACUCCAGGACUUGACGCAGGAUGACAUGCAAGUUUUCAUUCGGGAUAAACUAAGUUCGCAUCCAAUGAUGGUGGAACUCCAAGCCGAGUCGCCAGGAAAGGCAGCCAUACUGCAAAUGGAGAUCCAGGAGAAAGCGGAAGGAGUGUUUCUGUGGGUUCGAAUUGUCACCGGACUUCUAUCGCGUGGAUUGGAAGAUGGAGAUGAUUUUGAUGAUCUUCUUCCUAAGCUUCGUGCUUUGCCAUCUGAUUUGCGGGACCUCUAUACCCGGAUGAUGGAGAAGAUGCCCGCAGACUAUCAGUCACAAGCCUCUCAAAUGUUCCAGAUCUUUGAGUGGUGGAGGCUUCAUUUUGCCGAUACGGAGUUGGAGUUACUGCUACUAGCUUUUGCUAUCAAACCAUCGUCCACAGCGCUUAACUUAAGCACGGAUGUUUGGAGUACCCAGAUGAAAAAGGAGUUUUCUGAGAAAAUCGAAACUCGUAUCCGGAGCCGUUGUUGUGGGCUACUGGAGUUGCGCGAGGUCUCGGCUGUGAGCGUUUUUCAGCCUCCUACUCCAGUGGUCACUUAUCUGCAUCGAUCUGUAGCCGAGUUUGUGACCAGCCGAGAUUUGUGGGAAGACAUGCUAUCACGAACAAACGACAUGAAAUUCAGCCCUGGUAUGCAUGUCGCAUCUGGACUCCUUUCCAUCUUGAAAAUUUCGAAUCCUCCGUUAAGCGAAAAUGAACGUUUAAGAGUGCAGUUAGGCUUCGAUUUCAACAGAAACGACUACAGCGAACGGGUCUUGGAACUCGUUAUGAAUGCAUGCCGCCGGACUGUCGAUAUAGAAGACUCAUUCAUGCUUGAAUUCAUGGAGGCUUUGGAUAAGACAAUGACUUCAAAAACCCAAGGUUUUGAGGGUUAUCUGAUCGAUCAAAGAUCUUGUCAGCUCUCUGUGCAUUGGUCUGCUCGAAUCACAUCGUCAUUUUUGGAACCAGAGAUCCGAAAUCUUCCCCGGCAUAUGCAUAUCUGGUCUCGAGCCAGCAUCAAUAGCUUCGCAGCUUACGAAGGGUCUCUUCCCUUUCUAAGAGCGGCCAAUCGAACCUCCAGACUCGCGGACGUUGAGUUGCUCAUACUAUAUGCAUUAGGCAGCUGGGCGGACAGGAAUGAUUACUUGUCGGAACGACGGGAAACUCUUAUGUUCUUGCUCAAAAUCCUUAACGACUGCUCUGGACUUGGAAUCGAGUCACCUAUUGGAAACAAUACUUUGUGGGAGUAUGCAGUGGUUGUCGCUUCAGUUCUCCUGACAGACCCGAGAGACCAAUCUGGGAUCUGUCCAUCAUCCCCCAGAUUUCUGCCAACGGUACCUAUAUCAAAACUAUCACCAUCCUACAAUACACCAAAGCACGAGAACAAUUGCUGUCGCGAUACAAGCAUCGAGCGCCUGGACAAUGAUACUGUUCUCGAUCUCGAUGGACGAGAGUGUGAUGUGUUAUUUGAGCACCCAAACACUGAAGAGAACAGCAUCGAAAUAUGUGUCUCAGAUAUGCAACAGGGUAUUGACAUACUACUGCUGUUUCUAUCUUCUACCGGAACUCCGAGAGAGUUACUCAACAAGGCGAUACGGAUGCCAGAUCGGCCGACGUUCAAACCGGUGGAAAUACUCCAAAAUACACUACAAGAAACACUAGCUCAAAAACAUGGAGUUAAACUUGCAUGGAGUCUGCAACCAGAAUAUCAUUUCCUCUAUCAGCUGGCCGAGCUCCCGAAACCUGGUCAAUGA